AAAGAAUCAGAAAACAUUUUCAGAGUAAUAAGAUGGAUAUCAAACACAGAAGACACACUGUUAAGAGAUAGAGUGGGGGAAAACAGGGGAUAUGUAUAUAAAAACCCACUACCAUCAAGUUGGCUUUGACUCAUAGCCCCCCCUUAAGGUUUCCAAGGCUGUAAAUCUAUGUAGAAGUAGGCUGCUACAUCUUUCUCCUGGGGAGCCACAGGUGGUUUUGAACUGCCAGCUUUUUGGUGAGCAGUCGAUUGCUUAAAUCACUGCACCACCAGGACUCCUACAUAUAAAAAGGACUACCGAAAAAAUAAAUAAAAUGUAAUCUCAUGCAGUUUAUGCGAAAAUACAACCAGGACAACUAUGGGCAGGUAUUUAUGCUUCUCUACAGACUAACUGAUUUUCAUUGAUUUUUCCAGGAAAAACUGUCAAAACUAAACCAUUAGAAAUGAAAAAUAGAACAUCAGUGACAGAUUUUAUCCUCUUGGGCCUGACAGAUAAUCCAGAAGUACAGGUUGUGAUUUUCUUCUUUUUAUUUCUCACUUAUCUACUGAGUGUCACUAGAAACCUAAUCAUCAUUACUCUUACCCUGCUGGAUUCCCAUCUGAAGACCCCCAUGUAUUUCUUCCUCAGGAAUUUCUCCUUCUUAGAAAUUUCAUUUACUUCAGUCUGUAAUCCUAGAUUUUUGGUCAGCAUCAUAACUGGGGACAAAUCUAUUUCUUAUAAUGCUUGUGCAGUUCAGCUAUUUUUCUUCAUCUUCCUCGGUUCAACUGAGUUUUUCCUCCUAGCUUCUAUGUCUUAUGAUUGGUAUGUGGCUAUCUGCAAACCUCUACAUUAUACAACUAUCAUGAGUAGCAAGAUCUGCUACCAACUUGUAAUCAGCUCUUGGCUGGCUGGUUUCUUGGUUAUCUUUCCACCAUUGAUCAUGGGCCUAGAGCUGGAUUUCUGUGACUCCAACAUCAUUGACCACUUCACCUGUGACUCUGCUCCGUUACUGCAGAUCUCUUGUACAGACACGAGUACUCUAGAGCUCAUGAGCUUUGUUUUAGCUGUGUUUACUCUCUUGUCCACUCCUUCAUUAGUAAUUCUCUCCUACACUUACAUCCUUAGAACAAUUCUGAGAGUCCCCUCAGCUCCACAAAGAAAAAAGGCCUUCUCAACCUGUUCCUCCCAUAUGAUUGUUGUGUCCAUCUCUUAUGGAAGCUGCAUCUUCAUGUAUGUGAAAACAUCAGCAACAGAAGGAGUUGCUUUGACGAAAGGAGUAGCUAUGCUCAAUACCUCUGCAGCUCCUAUGCUUAACCCAUUUAUUUAUACCCUGAGGAACCAGCAAGUGAAACAAGCAUUUAAGGAUAUUAUAAAAAAGACACUUUCCUCAAAAACAUUGAUCUGA